UUUUGGCUGACCAAGUGAAAAAUUGAUCCAUCAAAAACGAAAAUAAACAAAAAACAAAAGAUUGCGUCUUUUUUGGUGAAAAUCAUUAUAAGGAUCAAACUUCUUGUGUUUGUCACUGUUUGGUCUCUGUGUUCAGGUUCUUGUUUGAAUUCUGGAGAGAGAGUUAUGGCGAAACUGAAGCGAAUUCUUGUAGCAAUCUCAGUGUUGGUGGUAUUAGCAUGUGUGCCAAUCUCCGAGUGUGCUAAGAAACCAAUGACCGUUGCCAGGAAGGAAGACAUUCCUUUCAUCAAAUGCCAAGUCUGUGAGAAGCUCGCAGCUAAGCUACACCAACAAGUUAAGAAGAAGCAAGCUGAGAUCACCCCCAAGAAGAUCUCGGAGUAUCAGAUUAUUGAGAUUUCGGAGAAUGUCUGUAAUUUGAAGAAGGCAGAGGCGGAUUGGAUUUUGCAGAUUGAUAUAGUUGAGCAAGGAGAUAAGUUGGAGCUGGUGGAACAAGGUUCUGAAGGACAAUGUAAUUCGGAAUGCAAGACAAUAGAGCGAGCUUGUCAGGAGGUUUUGGGGUAUUCUGAUACUGACGUUGCUGAAUAUCUAUAUAAAUCCAAGCCUGACAUUGAUUCAUUGGUUAAUUAUCUAUGCAAAGACCUUACUAAAGCAUGCAGUACCAAGCCUCCCAGAGUUCCUAAGAAUAGGACUCCUGGAGAAAUUUUUGUGGCCAAGUCAGCUAAAGAAGCUGAAAUGGAAAAGAUAAUGAAAUCUAUGGAGGGAAUGCCAGGAGCCCCAGGCAUGAAAAUGUAUUCAAGAGAUGAAUUGAUGAAUCAAAAUUUUGGUGGUGAAGAUGCCGAUGAUGAAGAUGAUGACGAUGAGGACACUCAGAUUCCCUCAAAAUUGGGAAAAGUUUUGAGAGAAAAAGAAAGCACAAAGAGUGACUUGAAACAGAGGAUCACCAACAGAAUUUCGAAGACCAGGGAGACACUAAAGAAACAUGCAAACCAAGUCUCUAACUGGUUACGGAAAACGUGGAGGGGACUGAAAAAGCCAGCUUCAAAGAAGAGUACAAAGGCCAACAAGGCAGAGCUUUAGAACAAAAAAUCACUGAAUUAUAGUAACUUGUAUGAGAGUAAUCACGUUUUUGUUAAUUGUAUCAAUAUUGUUUUGACAUUUAAGUAGGAAGUUGAGGAGAAGUUUUUUUUUUUUGGGGACGAAAAUUGCGGAGAAGUUAAAAAGUAGAUUUGCUGCCGUUUUGUUAUGCCCUUCCAGAAUACUCGACAGUUGAUUCCAUUACCUUAUUGCAAUUGUAUCAACUUCUGCGUGCGAUUUUUGCUUCA